CUGGCCCAGGGUGAGGUGGAGGGAAAUGCGGGGGAAUUGCAUUUUGAAGUCUGGGUUGCUGUUUGUCACUCUGUCUCUUGCUAUUGCCAAGCACAAGCAAUCUCACUUCGCCAAGAGCUGUUACCCAAGGGGAACCCUGUCGCGGGCUGUUGACAUGCUCUAUGUCAAGGCGGCGUGGCUCAAGGCAACAAUUCCAGAAGACCACAUAAAAAAUAUACGAUUAUUAAAAAAGAAAUCAAAAAAGCUAUUCCUGAAAAACUGCAGAUUCCAAGAACAGCUUCUGUCUUUCUUCAUGGAAGACGUGUUUGGCCAACUCCAAUUACAAGUUUGCAAGGAAAUACACUUUGUCGAAGAAUUUCAUAGCCUCAGGCAGAAAUUGAGCCGCUGUAUUUCCUGUACUUCAUCAGCUAGAGAAAUGAAAUCCAUUACCAGGAUAAAAAGAACCUUUUAUGGAAUUGGAAACAGAGGAAUCUACAAAGCCAUCACUGAACUGGAUAUUCUUCUUUCCUGGAUUAAACAAUUCCUGGAAAGUAUUAAGUAAUGCAAGAAAUUAAGCACAUUGAUUUAAUUUUUAUUUUGAAAUACAAUGAGAACAACUAGCAAUAAAUUUAUAAAUGCAUUUCCUUUUAAAAUUUUAUAUAUAGUACUGAUAUCAAAUUUAGAUUCAGAUUAGACUAGAGAAAUUUGACAAAAUAAAAUUUUAGAGUACUUUCAUUCUGAAUAUGUUUUGUUAUU